GACAGGGUGGAGCAGCAGGGGGGUGAAGGCUGAAGAGCUGUCUAGAUUACUCUUAUUUUAUAUAUUAUAUUUUUUUGACUGUUUUUUUAAAAUAGCAGCAGCCAUGUCGGUGAAUAUGGAGGAGCUGCGACACCAAGUGAUGAUCAACCAGUUCGUGUUAACAGCUGGCUGCGCCGCCGACCAGGCUAAGCAGCUCCUGCAGGCGGCCCACUGGCAGUUUGAGACGGCCUUAAGCUCCUUCUUCCAGGAGGCCAACAUCCCCAGUCACCACCACCAGAUGAUGUGUACUCCCAGGAACACCCCCGCCACGCCGCCCAACUUCCCCGACGCCAUCACCAUGUUCUCCAAGCUGCGUGCGUCCGACUCCGGCGGCCCCUCCCCGAUGUCGAUGGCGUGCUCCCCGCCGGCCCCUUCCUCUUCCUCCUCCUCUUCCUCCUUCGGCUCCUUCUGGGCUUCCUCGCCGCCCAGCCACCAGCCGGCGUGGCUCCCCCCGUCGUCUCCCACCGGCCACCACAUGCACCAUCACUUCCACCACCACCACCACCACCUGCAGCAGGCGCCCACGUGGCCCCCCGGCUCCCAGCCCAGCGCCGCCCAGCAGACCCCCGUCGUGUCGGCGCUGCACGGCCAGAGAUGAGACGGCCAAGCGUAGCCAAAUGGAUCUGUGUGUGUGUGUGUGUGUGUGUGAGGGGGGGGGGGGCGGCGGGGGGAACUGGGGGGACUGCUGUUUUUCUUCUUCUCUUGUUUUUCUAAAGACGAGCAAGUUUGGCUUCACAGGCGACUCUUUCUCCUCUCUGUCUUCAUCACUGAGGAGGAAGAGUGAUGAAGCCCACAGACUCUGAGGGAGGGGGGUGGGAGGGGAGGGGGGGACUUUUUCUUCAUCAUCAAUGCAAGCCCAGGACCCGACAGAGCACUUACUUUAGGAUAGGAGCCAUGUGAUCUGUUGAAGUCUUUUAUUUUUUCUUCUUCUCCUGCAGAUAAGUCGGCAAUAACCAGCAGACACAAAGAACUCAGACCUCACAGGUUCAGAUAAUGCUUCCACACGUAUGUUCUGUGUGUGUGUGUGUGUGUGUGUGAGAGAGAGUGUGUGUGGGGAAGAGGAGGGAUGAAGAGGAGGAAGAGGAGGAGGGGGGCGUUCAGGUGACAUAAUGGAUGAACUGUAAAGUGAUCGUUGAGUUUUGCAAUAAGUUGAUAAUGAAAAUAAUUAUUUGAUGACGGAGAGCCGGCGCAGCUUUGUUUGUUUUUGUUUGUUUUUUUCCUCACCUGACUUUUGGCGGGAAAACGAUGACAUCAUGUUGACUCGAUGUCGUUAAAGGAAACGUUUUUUUUUUGGGGGGGGGGGGGUGGAACUGCUCGUUAGGUUUCAUACUGAGCGUUAAAUCAGCCUCCAGAUCUGCACACAGACUGUCGUGGUGUUACGGGGACUUUGUUUAGCGACGUCCUUGUUGCCAGGCAACCGAUCAAGACUCCAACGCUUUGUUGUUGUUGUUGUUGUUUUUGCACGUUUAACCCUUUACAUGCUGUUCACGGUCCAAUCUGACCCAGAGAUGUAGAAACUCCUCAUGUGACUCACAGGACAGAAUAAUAAUAAUAAUAAUAAUAAUAAUAAUAAAAAGCAGCUGAUUAACAUUUUUAUAUAUGCAAAAGUACAAAUUUGACCAGUUUGUAUUCAAAAAAAAAUAAAAAUAAAAAUCAGCGUUUUAAGUUAAGUUUGUUCUCCUGGAUCAUAAAGUAGUGAUUGUAAAUGUCCUUUAAUCAAUCAGAAGGAUCAAUUAAACAUUUAUUAAUGAAUGAAUGAGUGUAGAGAUGAAUAAUGAGUCAGAUUAUGAACAGCAUGUAAAGGGUUAAUUAGUGAGAUUAAUACAGUUAAAGGUGCAUCAGCGUGUCGGCCAAUGAGAGACGAGAAGCUGAGGUGCUGAAAUGCUUCCUCAUAGUUUCUGUUUCAACUUUAAAACCUUCAAAUAAUUUUGAGUCAUUUAAAAUAAACAACUUUAAAUUUUCUAAAACUGAUAAUGUAGCAGUUGAUGGAUAUUAUGGGAUGUGAGCGGCUGAUGACUCGGUAAGGAAGCAGAACGAGAGUCUUUCCCUAUAAAGAAAAAAAAAAGUUGAGUUGAAAAGUUUUUCCUUUUAAUUGUAGUUUAUUUAGUUUUAUUGAUCGAUCGCUGGUGCGGCUGGUUUGUUCAGGCUGAUGUUCGGUUACCAUGACGACGACACACACACACACACACACAUACAUACAUGUUAAACUGUGUGAGCGGGAGAGAGAGAGGAGCUCUGAAUGUAACUCAGACCGG